AUGUUUCCUGGUAAACAAAUGAACAAACGAAUCCCAAAGGAGCUAGAACUAGCAAUCGAUUAUCUCUCAUCCGAGUGUCAUCUUGAUACUCUUGAAGCCCUGAACCACACAAGAGAUGCAUUCCACAGCACGCGCAAAUUGAUAAAGGAUGCUGCAAUAUCAGGGCAGAUUGAAGAAAUGUAUGCUCUUGUGAACAAAGAGUAUCCAGAUCUGUUAAAAAAGCAUCCACAAAUAGUCUCCCUUGUAUUCAGUCAAAUAUUCAUAGAAUAUGUAAGAAAUAAAAGACCAGAAAAAGCACUGGAAUUUGGUAGAAAAUCUAUACAAAACGGGCAAAACAUAACAGAAAACCAAGAACUUUUCUUGCUAUUGGCAUAUAAAAAUCCUGAACAGUGCGAUGAUUUAAAAGACUUAAUGUCUUUGGCUAGAAGAGAAAUGAUUUUUACAAAGGUAGAUGAAAUCAUAAAAGAAAAACAUUUGGGGAGGAAAGUGUCACUUCUAGAAUAUGCGCAUAAAAUAAUUGCAUAUUGUAAAGCCAUUGAUAAUACUGAAUAA